AUGCAUUUUAUAACAGACCUCACCAAACUUGGGCUCAUCCUGUGUGGAGCGUCGCUGUUCUCUGGAUAUGAAGGCAAACCUGUGACGAGACGAGCGGUGAGUGAGAUGCAGCUGAUGCACAAUUAUGGAGACUUCAGGCACACGCUGCAGAGGCAGGAAUGGCUGCAGCUAAAGCUACAGAACCUGUACCCAGCAUCCGUCAGCACCCCCCAAGAAGCUACGCCCAAGGUGGCUGAGAGCAAACCCCAGAAACCGCAUAAGAAAGAGAAGUCAGUGGACAACCGGACCAAGCACCCUGCCCACCAGAACCAGAGAGCGGGCGGGAAGAAAUCUCACCGGCACAGCGCCAAACCCAGCAUAGACAACUACAUCAGAGCCGACGUACAGUGA